AUGGAACAUUUGAUUAAAAUUCGUUUAGAAUGGUUUUGUGAAAAUAACAAUAUCUUUGCAAAAUCCCAGUUUGGUUUCAGGAAAGGCUUAAGUACGAUGGAUAGCCUAGGUAUAAUAACGACCGACAUUCGCAUUGCUUUUAAAAAGAAACAGUUCCUGGUGGGUGUUUUCUUGGAUAUCGCAUCUGCGUAUGACCACGUGCUGGUUCCGGUGCUCAGGCAAAAAAUGCUUCAGCUGAGUAUUCCUGAGAAGUUGGUACGUUUUGUUUGCAAUGCAGUUUCGAAUCGUUAUAUUAUUAUAAGAUCUCAAAAUACGGAGCUGUCUCCUAGAUCUAUUUGGAGGGGCUUACCUCAAGGUUCUGUUUUGAGUCCUCUUCUGUACAACAUUUACACCUAUGACCUGGAGCUUGUUGUGAAUUCCUUCUGUCAGAUUCUUCAAUACGCGGAUGAUGUAGCCUUAUACUUUUCAUCAAAUUCUAUUGAAGAGGCAUCAUCACGCCUAAAUUCAGCUUUGGAUUAUUUGGGUGAUUGGUUAAAUGAUCAUGGUCUCUCUAUUUCUGUGCCCAAAUGUUCGGCGGUCACGUUUACUACAAAAUACAAGGUUCCACGGUGUAACAUUUCAUAUAAAGGGUCCUUGGUAUCGUGUUGUAAGCAAGUAAAAUUUUUAGGCCUUAUUUUAGACUCAAAGUUAAACGGUGUUCCUCAUUUUAACCAUGUGAUUAAAAAAGUGAGAAGGGUGUUAAUGUUCUCCGUUCAUUAUCUGGUGUGA